UAGGUCUGGUUCCACACUCAGCACAUGGUUACCGGAGUCUCCACCACCACACUCACAACUACAUGGGAUUAUUUACUCAUUUAAUUAAGUAACUGCGCGGUCCUUUUGUAGAAAAACAACAAUGUCACAAGUUCAGGCGAGGUUUUUCACUGAAAACAAAAAAUUCGCAGUAGACGAUGUGCCUUUCUCCAUCCCGGCUGCCUCUGAGGUCACACACCUGAGCGAUGUGAUUAACAAACUUUUGGAGGCCAAGAACGCGGAUCACAAACAUGUGGAGUUUGACUUCCUGGUCCGAAGCCAGUUCCUGCGCUCUCCACUGGACACUCACAUGGAGGCGGAGAACAUCUCGACGGAAGAAGUCGUAGAGAUCGAGUAUGUGGAGAAGUUCAACGCGCCGCAGCCGGAGGAGUGCAUCAUGCACGACGACUGGAUCAGCUCAGUCGAAGCAGACUCCGAAUGGAUCCUUACAGGGUCGUACGAUAAGACAGCGCGGAUCUGGUCUCUGGAAGGGAAGGCGAUGAUGACCAUCGCUGGACACACAGAAGUGGUGAAGGAUGUGGCCUGGAUAAAAAGAGAAGGAUUAACUUCACUGCUGCUGACCGCAUCGAUGGACCAAACGGUGCUGCUGUGGGAGUGGAACACCGAGAAGAACAAGCUGAAGGCCCGUCACUGCUGCCGUGGACAUGCCGGGAGUGUGGAGACCAUCAGCGUCGACCCUACGCGCACUAAGUUUUGCAGCGGAUCCUGGGACAAAAUGCUGAAGCUCUGGUCAGCAGUUCCUACAGAAGAGGAGGACGAGGUGGAGGAACCCAACAGGCCACGGAAAAAACAGAAAACUGAGCAGCUCGGUCUGACCAAAACUCCUGUGAUGACUCUGUCUGGCCACACGGAGGCAGUCUCGAGUGUCCUAUGGACAGAUACGGAGGAGUUGUGCAGCGCGUCGUGGGACCACACCAUACGACUUUGGGACGCUGAGACGGGAGAGCAGAAAAGCACACUGACGGGGAGUAAGGUGUUUAACUGCAUCACAUACUCGCCGCUGUGUCGUCGUCUGGCCUCAGGGAGCACCGACAGGCACGUCCGUCUGUGGGACCCGCGCUCGAAAGAUGGCUCUCUGGUCCUGCUGUCUCUGACGUCACACACGGGUUGGGUAACAGCAGUCAGGUGGUCUCCCUCCCACGAGCAGCAGCUCAUCUCCGGCUCACUGGACAACCUGGUCAAACUUUGGGACACGAGAAGCUGUAAGGCUCCUCUGUACGAUCUGGCGGCUCACGAGGACAAAGUGCUGUGUGCUGAUUGGACAGACAGCGGGCUGAUUUUAAGUGGAGGCGCCGACAACAAGCUGUACACGUACAGAUACUCGGGGUGUGUGACUGACGCCGGGGCGUAACGAUCACUCCCACGCGAGCUACUUCACUCCCCGGCACAUGAACUCGCACCAGAGCCCUGCGGCUCGCUGUGUGAAUAAAGCGUCUCUCGUCCUCUAAGCUGGACUCCCUUUUAUUGCUCCUGUUUAUCCACAAUUUAAUGCUCAUCUGUUCGUCCAUUUUCUUCUGUAUUCGAAUUAAAUGUAAAGAAGCCCUUGGCUGAUUUAAUACAGAUUUACUGCCACCUCAAA